CCCCACCACUCUCCCUUCCCCAGUCCCUUCGCAUUCUCCCUCUCGUCUUCUACCACCGGAAAAGAGAAGAAAAAAAAAAACGCUCCCGGAAAUGGCGUCCCGCUACGAGCUGGAGGUGACCGUGUCGUCGGCCAAGGACCUCAAGAACGUGAACUGGCGCCAGGGACCGACCCGACCCUACGCCGUCCUCUGGGUCGACCCGAGCAAAAAGUGCUCCACCCGGGUCGACGAGGAGAACGACACGUCCCCGGUGUGGGACCAGACCCUCGUCAUCCCCUUGCCCCCCGGCCCCAUCGAGGACGCCACCCUCUACAUCGACGUCGUCCACGCCGGCUCCGAGGAGGACACCAAGCCCCUCAUCGGCUCCGCCCGCCUCAAGCUCCGCGACGUCCUCGACGACGCCGGCUUCGGCGAGGCCCUCAAGCGCGGCCUCCAGCUGAAGCGCCCCUCCGGCCGCCCCCACGGCAAGGUCGAGGUCAAGGUCUGCGUCCGGGAGCCGCGCUACCGCGCCCCCGACCCGUACCACGCGUCCCCCUACGGCGUCCCCCCGGCGACGAGGGAGUACGCCCCGCCGGCGACGAGGGAGUACGCCUCGCCGGCGUACGGCAACCCCUACGCCGCCCCGCAGCGUGACCCGUACUACGCGGCGGCGCCCCCGGCCGGCGGCUACGCCUACGGGGCGUACAACGCGCCGCCGCCGCAGCCGCAGUACGGGCAGCCGAGCUACGGGCAGGCGCCGCAGUACGGGUACGGCGGGGAGCCGGCGUACGGGCAGUACGGGCAGCCGGAGGAGGAGAAGAAGAAGAGCAAGUUCGGGGGAUGGGGAUGGGGACGGGGCUGGCCGUGGGCGCGGUGGCCGGGGCGAUCGGUGGGAUCGCCCUGACGGAGGGGUUCGAGCACCUGGAGGACAAGAUCGCCGAUGACGCGGCGGAGAAGGUGGAGGACGACCUCGGCUACGACGAUGUAGGCGAGGAAGAAGACUUCUAAGGGAAACGGCUCUCGUCCUUUUGCUUUUUUUUUUUAUCUUUUUUUUUAAUGAAGUUUUAUCGUUUUUCUGGGGGAGUUUCUUUGCGGGUGAUGUUGGCGUUGUAGUGCCUUUGGGUGCAUGCAGGUCCGUUGAUGUGUCAAGCGUGUCUAAUCCGACGCAUAAGCAAGCUCUAUAAUUUUAUUUUAUUUUUGUAAUUAUAUGUGCAUGCGAGAUGAUGCUUUCUUCUUUCCCAA